UAUGCUGAUCGCUAUUUCUCUCCUCUGGCAUGGGCAGGUAUCUGGGGGUGAAAUGGGAGCCAGCACAGGUGACCGGGGAAGGGCACGGGCCCCUGAUGGUGGCUGGGGCUGGAUGGUGCUGCUCAGCUGCUUCAUGGUCACUGGCUUCUCUUACGCCUUCCCGAAAGCCGUCAGCGUGUACUUCAAGGAGCUGAUGCGAGACUUUGGGGUGGGCUACAGCGACACCGCCUGGAUCUCCUCCAUCAUGCUGGCAAUGCUCUAUGGCUCAGGCCCUGUGUCCAGUGUGAUGGUGAAUAAAUUUGGAUGUCGGCCAGUGAUGCUGUUUGGGGGCUUACUGGCAUCAGCAGGCAUGGUGGCAGCUUCCUUCACUACCAAUAUUAUCCAGCUUUACCUUACUGCUGGUGUUGUCACAGGUCUGGGCCUAGCACUGAACUUCCAGCCCUCUCUCAUCAUGCUGGGCACCUACUUUGACCGAAGAAGACCGCUGGCCAAUGGCCUGGCAGCAGCUGGGAGCCCAGUGUUCCUGUCGGCCCUCUCCCCACUGGGUCAGGUCCUCCUGGACUGCUACGGCUGGAGAGGGGGGUUCCUCAUAAUGGGGGGGCUGCUGCUCAACUGCUGCACCUGUGGUGCCGUCAUGAGGCCCCUAAACGGGAGGAAGAGGAGGGGGAAGGAGGCUGGACGAGAGUCAAAUGCCCAAGAAAUGAAAGAGAUGCUACCUUCAAAAAUCGGCCAAGAGAGUGGUGAGAAGAAGAAGCAGCAGAAGGAGGAGCCCAAGACGAAGAGGCUGCUUGACUUUAGCGUCCUCCGUAACAAGGGGCUGGUGAUCUACAUCAUAGCCAAGUUUAUAGUGGUCCUGGGCCUGUUUGUUCCCCCCAUUCUCCUGGUCAACUAUGCCAAGGACCAGGGCGUGCCGGACCGUGACGCCGCCUUCCUGCUCUCUAUCAUCGGCUUCAUCGACAUCUUCGCCCGGCCCACGUGCGGCGUUGUGGCGGGUGUGCGGUGGGUGCGGCCCAAGAACGCCUACUUCCUCAGCCUGGCGCUGCUGUUCAAUGGCCUGACGGACGUGUGCUCGGCGCAGGCCAGCGACUACCCCCAGCUGGUGGUCUUCUGCGUGUUCUUCGGGCUGUCCUACGGCAUGGUGGGCGCCUUGCAGUUCGAGGUGCUGAUGGGCAUCGUCGGGACAGGCGGCUUCUCCAGCGCCCUGGGGCUGGUGCUACUCAUCGAGGCCGUGGCCAUACUCAUCGGACCACCCUCAGCUGGUCGCCUGGUAGACGCAUACAGGAACUACGAGCUGAUUUUCUACAUGGCUGGCGGAGAGCUGAUUACUGCAGGCGUGUUCCUUGCCAUGGCGUUUUACUGCUGUGUUUCGCGGAACAAAGCCACAAGCACGCCCAAAGUGGAAGAGAAGGACGUGGAGGCAGAGGUGCCGCUGACUGACAGGAGCUGUGUGCACUGCAACACGGACUGGGCCAAUCACGAGAAAAAACUCACCUACAGCGUCGCCUGGAAGCGGGAGGGGAAGGAGCAGAUUUAG